CGUGAUCAGAUACUGAACAGAUUCAGCACCGUUACUCGGACAGACCCUCCGCUCAGCUGUGGGCAGGUCGAUGGAGACCCACAACUGGUGACAGCGUCGUGUAUUUUAUACUCUUCAACCACUCGGAUAGAGAUGUCCACACAGGGUUACGCCAAUCCGAGCUCGUCCGUGAAUAAUUACAGCAUGAAAUCAACUCAAAACGGAGGCGGAGCGGCGGCGUCAGCAGCGGCGUCCUGUCAGAACGGUCCGGAACAGACGUACCCAGCCAUGUAUCCAGCUCCCAGCUACUAUAGUUCUGCUCUGCCCGCAGCUUACCCCACCGUGACGGGACACAGUGCUUCUCCUGCUGGCAAAACCCCAGUUUCAAGCACAGGGUAUAGUGGGAACUACUACCAGAACAGCUCAGGGCCGUCACCAUGUCCAGCACCACCAAGAACGCAUCAGUACUCCACCUCAGACGCCCCGGGACAGUCAUUCCAGCAGACUGCACCGUACGCUAUGCCAGCCGGAUAUUACAGACAGACAUGUAGUCGCCCCUCACAGGGGCAAACUCAGCCCCAAGCUCAGCAGCUGCAGCCAGGCUUAGUGCCAGCAUCCAGUGGCAACAACCUCUGUGCCCCGCUGUACCCCAUCGUUUCUUACCCAUCAGCCCCUGGGAGCGGCCAGUACGGCACACUGAAAUCCUCCCAAACCGCCACUGAGCAGCUGCCUGUUUCUACAGUAAAGCCACCGCCACCGACCCAAAGUUCUUUACAACAGUAUUCUCAAGGGAUCGGGACUACGCCCACACCAGCUCACCUGGGCUUCGGAGCCCCGCCUCUCGGUCAAGCAGCCACUGUCAAUGGCCAAUCAAAUGCAGUUCAACAACACAAUGAUCAAAACCUCCACAACCCCAUGAGUCAUCAUUACGCUGCAGCCCCUCCACACUCACAGGGCCCUGAUAAAGAGAGACCACCCUCAGGAACGCCAGGCACCUCUGUGCAUUCCUCACCACGACACCAUCCAGGGCUGCUGUACGGUGACCGUGGGGUGAAUAACGCUGUUAGCUCGGCCGCGGGCAACCACUCCUCAUCCAGUUCUGACCAUGAGGAAGAGGAUGAGGAGGAUGAGGAAGCAGGUGGAGACAGCUCGUCUACAACAACAGGCAGCGCCUCUCCGGUUCCCAACAGUUAUGAGUCUCUAGAGGGCGGUGGUUAUUCGGAUCUUGCAGCUCCUCCAACUAGUGUUCCUGCCAGACAAGCUCCACCCUUCGGAUAUAAUUAUCCAACCAUGCAUCCUGCUUACCAACAAAACCCCGCCCCCAGGCCAGACUCCUCCCCCUCUCAAGGAGGAUACAACCCACCAGGAUACCAGCCGUACUCGCAGCCUUUCCCAUCUCUGUCUGAGCUGUCCUCAGCGUUAGGAGGCCUCAGCGGCGUUCCUGAACUGGAGGUUGAAACCUUGAGACCCGUGAAUCUACUCCAGGAGAGAAACAUCCUUCCUCCCAAACGUGCACCUCCACCUGAGCCCAACCUGAGUAAUGACCUGUGCAAGGUCAACUGCAGCCCCGACACUUUUCGCUGUACACUCACUAACAUUCCCCAGACUCAAGCGCUGUUGAAUAAAGCUCGUCUGCCUCUUGGAUUACUGCUGCAUCCUUUCAGAGAUUUAACGCAGUUACCAGUCAUCACCUCGAACACUAUAGUUCGUUGUCGAUCAUGUCGGACAUAUAUAAACCCUUUUGUUUCGUUUCUGGAUCAGCGCAGGUGGAAGUGUAAUCUGUGUUACAGAGUCAAUGAUGUCCCUGAUGAGUUCAUGUAUAAUCCUGUAACUCGUUCAUACGGUGAGCCUCACAAGAGACCAGAGGUCCAGAAUUCAACUGUGGAGUUCAUCGCCUCCUCUGAUUACAUGCUUCGGCCUCCUCAGCCUGCUGUGUACCUGUUCGUGUUGGAUGUGUCUCAUAAUGCUGUGGAGUCGGGCUACUUGAAUGUGUUUUGCCAGUCAUUUUUGGACAACCUAGAAAAGUUGCCCGGAGAUACUCGUACACGUAUCGGGUUUGUGACGUUUGACAGCACCGUCCACUUCUAUAACCUGCAGGAGGGUCUUUCUCAGCCUCAGAUGCUGGUGGUGUCUGAUAUUGAUGAUGUCUUCAUCCCAACACACGACAAUCUGCUGGUGAAUCUCAAAGAGAGUAAAGAGCUGGUGAAGGACCUGCUGAAUGCGCUGCCGGGGAUGUUCAUGCACACGCGUGAGACUCAGAGCGCUCUGGGUCCGGCUCUACAGGCGGCGUAUAAACUCAUGUGCCCGACAGGAGGCCGGGUGUCCGUGUUUCAGACCCAGCUGCCCACCCUCGGCGCUGGACUCCUGCAGUCACGGGAAGACCCCAACCUCAGAUCCAGCACCAAGAAUGUCCAGCACUUGGGUCCUGCUACAGACUUUUACAAGAAACUGGCUCUGGACUGUUCAGGACAGCAGAUCGGAGUGGAUCUGUUCUUACUGAGCUCCCAGUACUCAGACCUGGCUUCUUUAGCAUGUGUGUCCAAAUACUCAGCCGGCAGUGUCUUUUACUACCCGUCCUUCCAUCAUGUUCACAAUCCCGCGCAGAGCCAGAAAUUCCAGAAAGAUCUGCAGCGAUACCUCACCAGAAAGAUCGGAUUUGAAGCCGUCAUGAGGAUCAGAUGCACCAAAGGCUUGUCCAUCCACACUUUCCAUGGCAACUUCUUUGUGCGUUCUACUGACCUGCUCUCUUUGGCCAACGUGAACCCGGACUCUGGUUUUGCUGUGCAGAUGUCCAUCGAGGAGAGUUUAGCUGAUACGUCACUUGCUUGUUUUCAGGCGGCUCUUCUUUACACGUCAAGCAAAGGUAAACGUCGAAUCCGAGUGCACACUCUGUGUCUGCCGGUGGUCAGUCAGUUGAGUGAAGUGUUUGCUGGAGCUGAUAUCCAGGCCAUCACAUGCCUGCUGGCAAACAUGGCUAUCGAUCGCUCAAUCUCCUCCAGUCUGUCUGACGCGAGAGAUGCAUUAGUUAAUGCUGUGGUGGAUUGUUUAACGUCAUAUCGCACUAACGGCUCAAACAUCCAGCCCUCCGGCCUGAUCGCCCCUGCCGCCCUGCGUCUCUUCCCUCUAUAUGUACUUGCUCUGCUCAAACAGAAGGCUCUGCGGACCGGCACCAGCACACGUCUGGAUGAGCGAGUGUUUUCCAUGUGCGAGAUAAAGAGUCAGCCGCUGCAGCAGAUCAUGCACAUGGUUCAUCCAGACCUGUACCGCAUCGACAACAUGACCGAACAGGCGGCGCUGCACCUGAAUGACUCUGUGAUUCCUCAGCCUCCCUUACUGCAGCUCACUGCAGAGAAACUCACAAGAGAGGGAGCCUUCCUCAUGGACUGUGGCAGCGUGAUGUAUUUGUGGGUGGGGAAGUGCUGUGAUGAGACAUUCAUACGGGACGUGUUGGGCUACCCCAAUUAUUCAUCCUUACCCUCCAACAUGACUGAGAUCCCUGAGCUGCAGACGAUUUAUUCAGAGCGAACCCGAGCGUUCAUUUCUUGGCUACUGGAGUCUAGAACCUUCCCUCCUGUUUUUCAUGUGGUCAAGGACGAUGGCUCGGCCAAGACCAGUUUUUUCCAGCACCUCGUGGAGGACCGCACUGAAUCUGCCUUCUCUUAUUAUGAGUUCUUGCUUCACAUUCAGCAGCAGAUGUCGAAGUAGAAUGGAGGAACCCCACAGAACCGGCCCCAGGUUUAAGGUUAGCUUCUGUUCCGCGGCUCAACUUUAGCAAGGGAGCUCUUUGAUUGGACCGCAGAGAGGCAGAGUCAUGCCCCCUGACCCCACUGGCCAAUCACAGCCUGUGUCCCAUCUGGGGGAGGGAAAGGGGGGGGUGUUUAAAGACAAUUAAGUAUAAAAGAAGUUAAAAAGUCAGUGAUUAAUGGACUAUUAUGGGGAAAUAUAGAGCGCAGAGGACAAAGCUGAAAUAUAGUGGACUUGACUUGCACAUAGAGACACUGAACAAGCUGUUGUCAAUCAUUCUCAUCUGCUUACUCCCCUUUCAUAUUUAGCCAUCAUCAUGAGUAGCCAAGACGCAGCGAAAAACAUUUUCUGUGUUUAUUUUCACACUGAAUUAUUGUGUUCGUUUCCAUUGUCAGAAUCAUUGUAAGCAUGUAUUUGGGUUUUUUAAUACAAGCUAAACUCAGAGCUCUUUGUUGAGCAUUAUUAAUCACUGCAAAACAUCCAUUCAUACACACUUUGUACUGUUAUAUGUUUUCUUUAUUUUCUUCUUUUGUUCCCCUCCUGUCUCUUCCCCUCUCCCAAUGCCUACUCUCCUUAUGUAAUGUGACUUGUGAAGUCGUGUCCAUCAUGAUAGUGUAAUAAUUCAUCCAGCAUCGACUCAACAGUGGCUGCUCGAACUCUCCUCUCGUCUUCUCAACAUCAGCUGCUUGAAACCGUUUAAUGGAGCUACGACGUCCCUGGGUAACAAUGCAUUGUUUUCCUUGAGAAAACCGAUCAGGCCACUAACAAAUGUUGCUAUCCACUUUGUAACUCAACACAAAAAAUAUUUUAAUGUGCUAUAAUUUAUGACAAGUUUAUUGAAUAAAAUGAAAUGGCAAUUCUA